UAAAUACAUGUCAAGAUAGUGGAAAACAAAAUUAGUCAUCAACCACUUGUUGAUAAAAGGAUGCAAUAAAAUUACACAUUAAAAUUAUUGGGCGUCAAACUUUUAACAAUGAGUAGUGAAAUUGUAGUGCCUGAAACGCCGAACUGGCUGCAAGAACUUGAGGCUAAACGAGAGAAGCGCUUAAAAGCAAGAUUGGGCCAUGAAGCGGGAGCAGGGGCCCCUUGUUUAAAAUGCGAAGAUAAGUGUCCAGGGUUGGAUCUUCAUUUCUGGAGAAAAUGUUGCAAGAUAUGUAAAUGUUCCAAAGAAGAACAUCAGGUUCAAGAUGAUGACAUUUAUGGAUGGGCACAGUUCCAGCUACUGGGGAGUAAACCAAAUAAAAUCAAAACCAAAAUUGUGCUACCCGGCAAGAAAGAUGAAAUUGAUUUGGACUGGGUUCCCAAAGGUCACAACGACACUGUUGAAAAGUAUCUUAAGACUCUUCCUCCAGAACAACUACCCGUCAAAGGUUCCCAAGCAGCUCAAGAUAGAAAACAACUUCUUCAAAAGCAGAUUCCUAUCCAUGAUAUUGAUCCCACAUUGUGCCACGAAUUAACAGAAGACGAGCUGGAGAAAAUGAAGGAGUAUAUUGCACAUGUUAAGCAAACUAGUGCAGGUGUAGGGCAACUUGUUAGUUUGUCUAGUAUAAUUAGGGGUAAGCUGCACAUGCUUAGUCCUUCGGAAGCAGCUAUUUUAGCAAGUCGUUACUCUAAAGGGAUUCCAGUAUCAGAGAUUGUUAAAUUACAAUCACAAAAUAAAGCUGGCUCAUUGGCGCAUAAUUUAGACAAAAUGUCUCUAAAGCACAAGACUCUUCCACAAUAUAACCCCAAUAGUUUAAAUGAAUCUGAAGAUGUCUCAAAUCCUUUAAGUUAUACUAAAGUGCAUGAUAGAGAGUAUCCUAUGUAUAAUAACGAUAUUAAUACCAAUGCACCAAAUGCUCAAUUUUCAACAUCACUUGGACCAAAACAAUUUAAUAUCAAUCCGUCUAAUGCACAAAUCAAUCCUGUUAUCGAUCCUACCAUUGAUCCAAAAUAUUUACAAAAUCCCAAUUUUAAUUCAAAAAAUAGACCUAGCAACUUUGUAAAUCCUAAUUCUGUCUAUAACCAAGGAAUACACAGAGAAAAUGCACCUUUUGUUAAUAACCCAUUGGACUACAACUCUGAAAAUAGUGCCUUUGUGCCGUAUCAAAAAGUUUCGUCAACAUCCAAACCAGGAGAUGUUUAUACGGAAAAUAGUUCUGUAACUGAUCCACGGUAUGCUAAGAGUAUUCCUGGUCAAAGUAAAGGUGCACCUUUUAACAUGAAUCCAAGUCAAGGGGAAGUUGAGAAUAAUGCACAAAUUUACGAAAAUCUACAGGAUUUACAAAAACCUUCAGCAAAUAUGCCAAAUUAUGCAGCAGGAAAGUACAAUACAUAUUCUGAUACCCAGUCGCCAGUUAAAAUGCCUAAAAAUGUUAAAGAUUUAGCUUACAGCACAUAUAAUACUGACACACAUGGUUCCAAAGACAUUGAAGACCAAGAGAAUGGUUUUAGUUUUGGAAAAUACAGACAACCAGGCUCAUACUCUGAUAAUAUAUCAAAAAAUAACGCUGGAUUUAGACCUAUUGAAUCUGGAAAUGUAUCAUCUUCACAGCACUUUAAUCCAGCCAAUCCAGCUCAAUUAUUAAAACCUGGAGAUCGUAAGGAUACUAGAGAUCGUGGUGCUUACAGUGCACAGUUUGAAACAAUAAAUCCUCAUUCAAGUUUGAGCCACUCCACUGGAACCAGGUCCGGAAAUACUGGUGGUUACAGUUCACCAAUACAGCCAAAUAUAUCCAGUCGCUCAUAUCCUGGUCUAAAAGUAGAAGAUGUUGCAAAACACGAUGCUCAGUAUGAACCGGCCAUUGCUACCAACGUUAGACCUGGUGGUUUCAGAGAAUAUAAUACUACAUUAGAUCCAAACUCAUCUUAUGCUUCUUCUAUAGCAGAAACUAGUGAGAAUGCACCUUCAGUUAAUUACGCGUUCGAUCCUAACAAUCCAAACUAUGUUUACCCCCAUUCAGAACAUUUAGCAGGCAUGACACCUGGUUUGUCCGAUCCUUUGAAUCCAAAAUCAGGUGCAUUUAGACCUACAGGUAAUUCUGGUUUGUCUAGAGAGACAUCGGGCCACAAUCAUAGUGUUGGUAGCAUGGAUCAAAGUCUGGGUUAUCAGAAGGCACCUGGAAUGCAAAGUUCUUUGGAAGCAGGUCCUGGCGGAGUACUGCUACCUAAUAAUUUAUUAAAAUCUGACAAAAAACUGUCCGAGCUUCACCCAAGUGAUUUAAGAAUUAAUGAAGAUUUUGUUAAUCCAAGUCAGGUCAACGUAGGUCUCAUACAAGAUAUUAACUACCCAGAGAUUAAGACAGCUUCUCGCGAAGUUGACGAUUUUUAUGAAGAGUACAGUCCAGAUAGUAUUAAAGAAAUCUUGAACAAUGUUAUUUUACCAGAUUGUCAUUACUGCAAAAAGCCAUUCGAGGAAAAUGAAUUUGCUGUAUCAAUAGACAGGGCUAAUGUGCUCUUCCAUGCUGGGUGUUUUAAAUGUGCAGGCUGCAACCAGAUACUUGCUGACAAUAUGUAUUUUUAUAAUAAAGAAAGCGAUAACAUUUAUUGUUUGAGGGACUACGCAAAGAUAAGAGGUCUACCUAGGUGUAAGGCUUGCGACGAGUUGAUAUUCACCAAAGAGUACUGCUUAGCGGAAAAUAGCACUUUCCACUUAAAACAUUUCUGUUGUACCCAAUGUGAUAUGCCUUUGGCUGGUCAAGAUUAUCUCUUGGAAGAUGAAAUGCCUUAUUGUUUGCCUUGUUUCGAACAAAAUAAAGCCAGCAAGUGUAGUGCUUGUGGCAAGAUUAUUAAACCUGAUGAAGUAGGCUGUAAUUUAAGAGGAGUCCACUUCCAUGCCACUGAUGCAUGUUUUGCUUGUAAAGUUUGCAAGACUCCUUUGACUGGUAAGAAGUUAUUGUUAAGGAAUGAUCAGUUGUAUUGUUCGCAUGAAUGUUACGGCAAAGAUCAAUAGUAUAUUUUUUUAAUCAAAUCAAAACAAUAUAAAUAAUCUACAUCUAAGUCUUAUAAAUAGUCGAAUUGGUGGAGUAAUGCCAUAUCAAACUAAAAGACAAAGAAUAAAGGCAGUUUUUGUUUUUAUUCGACUCAGAGUUGGACCACCAUCUCCAUAUAGCUAUUUCAGCAUCCCAUGCAUCUUCAGUGAAGCUAUGCAGUCACAACUCUGAAGCGAAUAUUAACAACCCUGCCUAUUUAAGGGGAACCAUCGCGAUACAAUGAUUCCACCUUUUGAGACGCAAUCUAGCGACAUCUCUCGCAAUACGAGGAAAACAACGAAAAGCCCUAGAUACAAAGUUUACUACUUUUUAAACUUAUUAGAAUAAUUGAAAUAAAAAUAUAUUAAACAAUAUUUUAAAUCCAAGACUUUUCGUUAAUAAACUUCUUUCUGGCUGCAUCCUGUAUCUCUGGCUUUUACAAUAUAUAAGCACAAGAGACGAAGAAAAUAGGAGAAAGCAAAUAGAGGACAAUACUCUAAAAGACAAAGUUAACAUUUCUUCUCCAAAUCACUCUUUUUUUUCGGGUUUGACAGGUUUUAUAUAAUUUCUUUAUACAUCGGGUGUAUCAAUAAAACUUCAAGUAACGUUAGAAGUGAAUUGUUCUGCGUUCUGCUAGCUGUCUUUCAGGUGUAGAUACAUCUUACCUUAAUUGCAAAAGUGAAAAAUGAGUUUUGGAAGGAACAAAUAAAACAUUAUAUUAACUAAUCAUAUUUACUGUACAUGUAAAGGACCUGGCAGUAAGGCGUAUUGUUUCAUGUAGUUGACUGGAUAACUUGUUAAUGGCUUUAUACAGUUGAAAUUAAUUGUAGGCUUCAUAUACUGGUUAGCAUGUAUGUGAUGAUUGUAAUUUCAGGCAGCAGUUUGGUUCUACUGCAGUUUAUAGUUUCCACAUGGUCGACCAUGUGGUUGGAAAUCUCACCCAAAAAGGUAGACAAAAAUUUAAAUUAGGCCGAAAACAGCAUAAGUUUAAACUUUCCUUGCCAUGUUUUACCCAGAUUAUAGUAAUUACAGAAGUAAUUACAAUUUUAAGAAAAUAUUAAACAUUCAAGGAAGGCGCAGCAUAGGUAGGAGAAAAAUGUCCUGGCUGAGAAAUCUCCGAGAAUGGUUUGGAUGCAGCUCAACUGAACUCUUUCGGGCUGUAGUGUGAAAAGUGAGAAUAGCAAUGAUGAUUGCCAACCUUUGUCGCGGAGAUGGCACGUAAAGAAGAAGAAAAAGAUUAAACUUAUGAUGUUUAUAAAGUUACAGCUACUUUUUUGAUUAAUAGAAAAUACACUCCCCAGCACGAAAAACGGGCACCCCAAAAAUGGGUCAUUUUUGAUGUCUCGUAUCUCCUAAACCUGUUGUCCGAUUUAUAUAAUUGUUUUAAUAUGUUAUAGCCUUAUUCUUUGGCAAUAUCGCUGUAAUAAUAUUGUUAGACAGGUAAAUUUUCAUUGUAUGCCGGAUGUACCAAUCAAACUGGGUUUUUUCUCAAUUAUCACAACACCCUGUGGAAUAUUCUAGCCUUUAAAAAAUGUUAAAAUUAAAAUUUAACUGUAGCCCCAGGUUUUCUUAACAUUCUGUUUUUUAUUCAUUCGCUUAUGUUGGAUAAUAAAAAAGUUAGGGACUUAGCUAUGUUCUUUAUCAAUACAGGGUGUUUCUAAAUAAGUGCGACAAACUUUAAGGGGUAAUUCUGCAUGAAAAAUAAUGACCCGUAUGCACGCCAAUGGUGAAUAUACAAUUCUUAAUUGUAUGUGAAAAAAUGCGCAAUAUCUACCACUUAAAACCUACCAAAUUUCAUUUGCAUAUCUCAACCGGUUUUAGAGCAAUAAAUAAAUCGUCGGUUUGUAGGAAAAAAUUCAACAUCCCGUAUCUCGGAAACGAAGCAUUUGCGGACAUAGGUUUAUAGAGCAAAGGGUCUAAAGUUGGUCGCACUUAUUUAGAAACACCCUGUAUUGAUAAAGAACGUGGCUAGUUGUUAAAGUCCCUAACUUUUUUAUUACACAACAUAAGCGAAUGAAUAAAAAGCAGAAUGUUAAGAAAAUAUAGCCUGAGGCUAUAGUUGGGUUUUAAUUUCAAUAUUUUAUAAAUGCUAGAAUAUUCCUCAGGGUGUUGUGAAAGUUGAGAAAAAAAAAAAAAAAAAUAAAAAGAAUGUGUGUACUUUGUACGCACGUAAGAAGUUAUACUUCUAUUAUAUGAUUUCAACGAAAUCAAUAUACUUUAAACAGUUUCUCUACUACUUUCCAAAAUUUUUUAUUAAAACAAUACCAAAAAUUAAAAAAAUAAAACAAUAAAACACACACAAACACAUUGAAAAAUGCCACAAAUGACUCCUGAACAAUAAUUGUUGCCAAAAAUUUUAAUUAAAUACGUAUUUUCUGAAAAAAUUUAUAUAAUAAUAUAUGUACUUACAAUCAUAAAAUCUAUAAAAAAAAAAUAAAAAAAAUGAUAUAACUUACAUUGGGCUUGAACCUACUUCCCGUGUAUCCCGCCGUACGAGAGUCACAGCGAUUUCAAACUGCACCACUUUCGCGUUUACGUCAUGUGGGAAUAUACACAAACUGAACAACUUUUUGAUGAAAAUUUGUAGAAAGUUUGUUCGUAAUCAGAUUAUGUAAAUUAAAGCAUUGCCUACUAGGGGUAUAACAUAGCAAGUACUAGGUAAGUACAUUAUUUUUUUUACAUUUUCCAAAUAGGUAUGAAGAUAAUUUUUUAUUGGAAUACAACUGAAACAUUUAGAAUUACGUACCUGUGGCUUUUCAAAACUAUUUAAAAAGUCACUAUAAUUAUAAAUUUGAUUUUAUUUCUGUCCUCACAACAAUAAAAACUAAUAUAUUAUACAACAUUUUUGUUUACCGAUAACCUCCAUAUUGAACAAUUAUUGACAGAUCAUUUCAACACCCAAUCAGAGCCCGUAUAAAGACUAAUACCAAACUGUCGGUGUGCGCAUGCGCACAGAUCAAUAUAAAUUCACCCUCAAUCUCAAUCGCGCCUAAAGAAGUAUAACUUCAAAAACAAGUUUGAUUGGUACACCCGGUAUAUAAUGAAAGUUUACCUGUCUAGCAACAAUAUUAUUACAGCGAUAUUGCUAAAGAAUAAGGCUAUAACAUAUUAAAACAAUUAUUUAAAUCGGACAACAGGCUUAGGAGAUACGAGACAUAAAAAAGACCCAUUUUUUGGGGUGCCCGUUUUUCGUGCCGGUGAGUGUAUAUGUUAAUUUCGAUAUUUUGAUCUGAUUAUUUCAACAUCACGCAUUUAGUUAGUAGUAUAAAAAAUCUAGUUCGAUAUGGUAUAACGCGGCCAUUUCAUACAAAGAUAAUUAGUUUAAACAGUUUUGCGGAUCCGAAUGAUACUGUAUUUUUUAUAUAAGAUAAAUAUUUUAGGCAGCUUUUUACAUUUUACACCGGGUGACGCUUUUAUAUUAUACAAAAUAAGUGCCAAUAUAUUUAGAGUAUCUAUUUUUGACAUACUUUUUACAUGGUGAUUAGCAUAGUUAUAUUUUAUUACAUUUUAAAUGAGCAAAGUGUAUUAUAUUUGUUAAAUAUUUUUUACUAGAAUAAUUUUUUAUAUUAAAUUGUAACUUGAAAGGAAAAAAUUACGUUAACAAGUGUAUUAUAAAAUCAUGUAAGUUAAAAUCGCUUAUAGCAACAAAAAAUAGCUGUUGUUACAAGGAAUAUUGAUUUAUUUAUUUAUAAAGCUCAACAUGCCUUGAAGGUCUAGGGUUGAAACACUCAAUAUUUCUUAUAGUCUUUCCAUACUUUUUUUAACCACUUCAUUCCAUUUACUUCUGUCCAAAGCUUUUUCUUUCCAAUUCUCAAUAUUACUUUUUUUGUAAGUCUUCAUAUUCGCUGUCUUUCCAUUUCUUUCUUGGUCUACCUUUUCUUCUUUGCGUUAUUGGCUUUCGUGAUAGUACCAAUUUCGGCAUUCUUUCCUUUUCCAUUCUUUCGUAGAUAUUUGGGAGCAAAUGCCAAUAGCCAGUGUAACUAAAAAAAAAAGAAAUCCUAUCAAGAAUCGAACAAGCGAGGAAAACACUCAUGAACAUUCUUUACAAGAUCUGACCUUUGUCUAGAGCUUGGAAUUCGAAUGAUCAGAUAUUACCUUUCUUCUGUCUUACUGUAUGGCCACAGAUUAACCCAACAUUGUUGGGUUAAUCUGUGGUAUGGCUGUGACAAAGAAAAAAGGAUAGAUGCCUUUGAGAUGUAUACAGGGUGUUUGGUAAAGAAUGGGCCAUAGCUUAACCUUAGAUUCCUGAGCUUUAAAUAGGUCGAUUUAAGCUAACUUACCUUAGAACGAAAGUUCAUAAUAACCGAAAUACAGGGUGUCAAAAUUAAACUUUUAUUUUAUUUAUUCUUGAAUAUUUCCUGACAUGCAUGGGACAACAACACGAAAUUUGGUAAACGGGGGUUUUUUGGGAUGAGAAAUCUAAAUUCGGCACCAAAAGUGAUGUAUUUCCCAGAGGGCGCCACAUACGUCUUUCAGCGCCCAUUUAAUACGUUCAAUUUUUUUAUACCCCACUCUACAUAAUUUUUGAAUCAAAAUUUUUAUUCUCUUAAUAUUUUUACUUAAAAAAGGUAUACUACAUUCAUCUCGCUAAACUCAACCGUUUUCGAAAUAAACUCAUUUUAAAUCUGCGAUAUAACAUAUAUUUUUUGCAUAAUAUCAUUGUAGUUAGACCCGGAAAAUAAACUUGAAACCAUAAUAAUUGUGCUAGUUCUCAUCUUUAUGUCAUUGCAUCUCAAGAAGAAAUUUGCGGUACAUUUUUGUAAAUUUUUAUGGUUUUUAGUUAUUUUUCGGGUGUAACUAGAAUGAAAUGCAAAAAAUGAUGUUGCCUCGCAGAUUUAAAAUGCGUUUAUCUCGAAAACGGUUGAGUUUAGCGAGAUGAAUGUAGCAUAUAUUUUUUAAGUAAAAAUAUUAAGAGAAUAAAAGUUCUGAUUCCAAAAAUAUGUACAGUGGGCAAUAAAAAAAAAUGAACCUAUUAAAUGAGCGCUGAAAGGCGUAUGUGACGCCCUCUGGGUAAUACAUCAUUUUUGGUGGCGAAUUUAGAUUUCUCGUCCCAAAAAACCCCCGACUACCAAAUUUCGUGUUUUUAUCCCAUGCCUGUUAGGAAAUAUUCAAGAAUAAAUAAAAUAAGAGUUUAACUUUGACACCCUGUAUUUCGGUUAUUAUUAAUUUUCGUACUAAGGUAAGUUAGCUUAAAUCGACCUAUUUUAAGCUCAGGAAUCUGAGGUUAAGCUAUGGCCCAUUCUUUACCAAACACCCUGUAUAUACCGACGGAUGCUGAGAAGUCCAUGUGUACAAAUAGUUACUAACAAUGAGGUACUUCGGCGCAUGAGUAAACAAAAAGAAUUACUAAGAAUAGUCAAAGAAAGGAAAAAAACAAUACGUGGGCACAGUUUAAAGAGGGACAGUAGAACCACUCUCCGAAAAAUUGGAAGUAAAAUCUUUGGUCGCGCAUGGCGACCGCGCAAUGUUGGCAGUCGCUUUUGCCCCACUCUCACAUUGCUAGCCGCAUAGAAACGUACGGCUUUUAACAGGGAAAACCCGCAUCCACCACUGGUGAAUUACCAAUUGCGUACUGCCGGUAUUACCUACUUCUUGAGAUCAAAGUGGCGAGUACAGGUGAAAAUAUCAGUAGAAAACGCCAGAACCCGUUACUGAAAGACCUGAGAAGAUGGUUUGACUGCUCACCCUCAGAAAUUUUUCGUGCAGCAGUUUCCAAAGCUACAAUUGCCAUUUGGGUCGCCAACCUUCGAAGACAGACGGCGCAAUAAGAAGAAGACAUGUCAUUCCUUUCAUUUUUUUUUUCUAUAUUCCAGUAUUACUUUCAUUUCAUGCCAACACGGCGCAAUAAGAAGAAGACAUGUUAUUCCUUUAAUUUUUUUCUAUAUUCCUGUAUUACUUUCAUUUUAGAGCAGUUUACUGUUUAUUGUUUAUUAUUACUUUCUUCUUACCCUACAGUUAAAUACCAAAUAAAAAAUCAAGGCGUGGGAACAAAGUUUUAACAAAUAUAGUACUAUAAAAUGUGAUAUUUUUGUAACAUGUUGAUUUUUUUAAAGAUGCAACAUUUAUUACAACAUAUAGCCUAAGAUGCCUUUAAAUCAAAUAUUUUGUAGGUAUAUUGUAUUUUUCAUGAAUAAUAUCAAGACUGAAUGUAAUUGUUUUUAUAUCUCUUUACAAAUGGAUAGGUAAAUAUGUAUCCAAAUAUUUUUUUGGUAUAUUUUGUAAUACGCCAAUGUGUUGCUACUGUGCCAUUUUAUAGCUAAAGAAAUGUUUAAAAUGAUUAGGAAUAAAGAAAGAUCAAAGAAAAA